GGGUACUCUGAUAAAUAAUUAUUUUAAGAAGUGUUUCUCAAUGACAAAGAAACCUUAUACUUGUAUUAAUUAAAAAAAACCUUAAUACUACCGAACUUUCAAAAUCUAUGAGUGAUUUUUUGGAUAUAAAUUGGUUUCAUAUCCACACAAACAACUCACAAAUGAAACGACAAUAAUCAUCAAAUUAGAAAUCACCAUCUCUUCUUGCUUGACUAAAUAAAUCAUGGCUAAGGGAAGAGGUGAUGCAAUGAUGGUAAUAAUGGUGAUAUGUCUACUAGUGAUGGCGCUGCAAUGCAAGGCAUAUGAUGUGUUAAGAGAUCAUAUCGUUGGUGGUAGCAGUGGUUGGAAUAUGAACUAUAAAGACGAAAAUUGGGUCGGUAAACCCGGAAACAUCAUCUUCAUGGCUGGCGACAGAUAUGUUUUUAACUACCGAAAAGGAGAGCAUAAUGUUGUGGUAGUGAACAAGGAAGGGUUUGAUAAUUGCAAGACUACUCCGACCGACAAGGUUUACACAAGUGGAAAAGACUCCAUUACCCUCCAGCAUGGAGAUAACUACUUCAUUUGCAGUAUGAAGGGUCAUUGUCCUACGAUGAGGACCUCAAGGCAUGUACCAUGAAGAUUCAAACAUUUUCAUCCUGAAUUCAAAGUAACAAUAAUAAUAUUAUUAUAAAUACUAAUGAUAAUGAAUAAUCAAUAAAAUCUAUGUAUUUAUGCGUGUACUAAGAGUACCAUAUACUUUAAAUAUUGUCAUAUGGAUUAUGGUAUAGACAAAUUUCGCUUAUUAUAAUAUUUGGCCUUAAAUUAA